CGGCGGUGGCGGGAGCGUGCCCGGUCCCCGCCCCUGUUUCCCACUAGCUUCCACCUCCGACCCGCUGGGGCUCGGAGAGGCGCCGCUCUCUGGUCCCCGGAGCCGCCCUGCAGCGGCCACCUACCCCCUCCGCUCGCGGCCAACCCGUCACUCUUCGCACGGUGCGCUCCUCCGUCUGGGCCAUGGAUGGCGGGGGUCUGAUGAACUUCUUUCUUCUGGUAUUAUUAACGGAUCUUCUACCAUGAACAAUUCUACUCCUUCUACAGGUGUGUAUGCUAAUGGGAAUGACAACAAGAAAUUUAAAGGAGAUAGACCUCCCUGUUCACCUUCCCGUGUUCUCCAUCUUCGCAAAAUUCCAUGUGAUGUCACCGAAGCAGAGGUCAUAUCAUUAGGUCUACCAUUUGGCAAAGUAACUAAUCUUUUGAUGUUGAAAGGAAAAAGCCAGGCUUUCUUAGAAAUGGCUUCUGAGGAAGCUGCAGUUACUAUGGUGAAUUAUUACACUCCUGUUACUCCUCAACUUCGAAGCCAGCCAGUUUAUAUUCAGUAUUCCAAUCACAGAGAACUUAAGACUGACAAUCUGCCUAAUCAAGCUAGAGCCCAAGCUGCAUUGCAGGCUGUCAGUGCUGUCCAGUCAGGAAACCUGGCCCUUCCUGGAGCUCCUUCCAAUGAAGGCACAGUCCUACCUGGACAGAGCCCUGUGCUCCGAAUAAUAAUUGAAAACCUCUUUUAUCCCGUUACUCUGGAAGUUCUUCAUCAGAUAUUUUCUAAAUUUGGAACAGUCUUGAAGAUUAUCACCUUUACAAAGAAUAAUCAAUUUCAAGCCUUGCUUCAGUAUGCUGACCCAGUGAAUGCACAUUAUGCCAAAACGGCUCUGGAUGGCCAGAAUAUAUAUAAUGCAUGCUGCACUCUGCGUAUUGACUUCUCCAAGCUCACCAGCCUUAAUGUGAAAUAUAAUAAUGACAAAAGCAGAGACUUCACUCGCUUAGAUCUUCCUACUGGUGAUGGCCAGCCAUCUCUUGAACCCCCUAUGGCUGCUGCUUUUGGUGCACCAGGUAUAAUCUCUUCACCAUAUGCAGGGGCUGCUGGAUUUGCCCCAGCCAUUGGAUUUCCUCAAGCUACAGGUCUAUCAGUCCCAGCUGUUCCUGGAGCUCUUGGUCCUCUCACCCUCACCUCCUCUGCUGUCACUGGAAGGAUGGCCAUUCCUGGAGCAAGUGGUAUACCAGGAAAUUCUGUUCUACUUGUCACCAAUCUCAAUCCUGAUCUUAUCACACCACAUGGGCUUUUUAUUCUAUUUGGAGUAUAUGGUGAUGUCCAUAGAGUGAAGAUCAUGUUUAAUAAGAAAGAAAAUGCCUUGGUUCAGAUGGCAGAUGCAAGUCAAGCUCAGCUAGCAAUGAACCAUUUAAGUGGCCAGAGACUUUAUGGAAAAGUGCUUCGUGCUACAUUGUCCAAACACCAGUCAGUUCAGCUUCCUCGAGAGGGACAAGAAGACCAAGGUCUGACUAAGGAUUUCAGCAAUAGCCCUUUGCAUCGCUUUAAAAAGCCUGGCUCUAAGAAUUUCCAGAAUAUCUUUCCACCAUCAGCCACUCUGCAUCUUUCCAACAUUCCCCCUUCUGUUACAAUGGAUGAUUUGAAGAACCUUUUCACGGAAGCUGGAUGUUCAGUGAAGGCUUUUAAAUUCUUUCAGAAAGAUCGUAAAAUGGCGCUCAUUCAGUUGGCAUCUGUAGAAGAAGCAAUCCAGGCCCUCAUUGAGCUUCAUAAUCAUGAUCUUGGAGAAAAUCACCACCUCAGAGUUUCUUUCUCAAAAUCUACAAUCUGACUUUUCUGUGAAUUUUUCUCCUCUAAAACUGGACCAUAAUUUUACUAAAACCUACAGACAUAGACUGAAGUAGCUCAAGACCAAUUUUGCCUCUUUCAAAAAAAAAAAACCUCUUGAGUUUCAUAUUCAAGUAUAUUCAAAACAAGGGAUGGUUCCCCCCCCCCAUUUUUUCCCCUUCCAGUAUAUGAUGGAAGGUUUGUUAUUCCUUUGUACCAUGGUUUGUAUAAAAAUAACCUUCAGGAAAAAUAUUUUUCAGUAAUUUAAUUCCCCGUGUUAAAUUAGAUUUCAAAAGAACAUGCUUUCUUUUAGUUUGGGUCCAGAUCAGCCUUAUACAACAUCUCUAAACUCCUUUUGAGCUUUGAGAAAUUUAAACAUAUGGACUUUUAAAAUUACUUGAUGUAAGUAAUUUAAAUCACUUGCAACCAAGUUUUUAACUUUAUGAUUCAGAAAUUUGACCCCUGUAGGAAAUUAUGUUCACUUAUAAAUUAUGUCAAAUAUUUGCCAUAUAUUGAUGGUUAUACAUAUAAACACAUUGAAUUAUAUUGGAAGCAGACUUAUAAAUGUGCAUGUUUUCUUUCAAUGAUUUCUUUUUUUUUCUACUGUAUGACACUCCUUUGAAUAUGCAUAUCUUACCUUUUUAAGACUAUCUGGAAAAAAUUAAGUGUUUCAGCUGUCCCCAGGGAAAUUAAGAAGAAUCCAACCAGGAUCUAUUAAUAAGUCAGAAUAAUUAAUAAUUUUAUUAGAAAAAUCAUGUUUUAAAUUUCAAAAUGAUACUGAUUUGUCAAGUAAUAUAAUAUGAUCUUGAAAAUUUUUUAAAAAAUAAUCCUACUUAUAAACUACUUUUUUAUAAUUGUUUUCAGGAAAAAAAGUUUACAGUCUUAAGGAAAUAUUCAGGUCUAUCAUAUGGUUUGACAGAUUUUUUAGAAGUUAUUUUUGGUAAGGUCUUCUUUUAGAAAAAAUUAAUCUCAAGGGUUUUUUGUACCACUAUAAUCUAUCUAAUACUUAUUCAGAAUUACUGUGUAUUUACUUAAUUUCUUCUUAUGUGCCUUAUUAUGUGCUUAAGAUACAAUAGGUUAGAGUUUUAUCUAAAUAUCUUGAAAACUAUAUUGUGGGCUUGGUGAGCAUUUUGUUUUUGCUUUCUCUGGUUUGGUAAGGAUUUUAAAGAUUUUUUGUUGUUAUUUUCAUUACAAUUUUAAGUGGUUUUCAAUAAGUAAUAGUUUUUAUUCAAAUCUUUGGUGCUUUGGUGCAGAGAUGGGGUGGGGAAGGGUGAAUGGUUUUGGGAAUAACUCAGUACACAUUUGUAGGCUUCUUUACAUUGUGACUCGUAGCAGUUAUUGCCAAUUAUCAUACACCAAUCUGGGGCUAUAGAAUGCAAUCUCAGUUUCUGGAUCUUUUCUAAUCUUUAUUGCCCAUCAGAAUUUGUCUCAGGAUUACUUGUUCUUUUCAGUACUCAAGUGAGAACUUGCUUUUCUUUGUUAAUGUAACUUCAUUUCUGAAUGCCCACAUAGUUGGAGUAUGAGAAAACAAGUUAUUUCUCAUACUUUCCUUCUCUUUCUGGUUGAAUGUAAGAGUACAUUUUAAUGUUGCUUCAGUGAUUGUAUUAUGUAAAAUUGUUUCUUUUUAACAAGAAACUGCUUUAUUAUUCCUUCAA